UAGAAUCUCACCCUUUUAAAUGGUUCCCAUUAUUCAAUUGAUUCACAAGGAGUUGUCAAAGAUUUAUCAGUCUUUAUCAGCAACCAAAAAGUUACAUGCUUUGAUCAUCAAGACCCAACUCUCCAGUGACCCGUUUUAUGCCACUCAAAUGGUUAGAAUUUAUGCCAUUCAUGGGGACCUUUGUUCUGCCCGUAACGUGUUCGACGAAGGUUCCAUUCGAAGUGUCUACCUUUGGAACUCCAUUAUCCGAGCCCACGCACAAGCUCACCAAUUUUAUGAUGCAUUUUCUCUGUUCAGAAAGAUGUUGGAGACUGAUAUUAGCCCCGAUAAUUUUACUUACGCUUGUGUAAUACGUGCCUGUUCUGAGAGAUUUGAUAUGCAUGGACUGAAACUUUGCCAUGCAGGUUCAAUAGUUUCUGGGUUAAAAUCAGACUCAAUUUGUGGUAGUUCACUUGUGACGGCUUAUUCAAAACUAGGCCUUGUUGAGGAAGCUAGUAAGGUGUUUUAUGGGAUAAGGGAACCAGAUUUGGUUAUGUGGAAUUCCAUGAUUUCUGCUUAUGGGAAUUCUGGAUUUUGGGAUAAAAGUCUAGAACUCUUCAGUAACAUGCAAAACAGUGGGACGAAGCCAGAUGGGUAUGCCCUUGUUGGUUUGCUUUUGGGCUUAUCAGAUUCUACGUCGAUGUAUAUUGGCCAAGGAGUGCAUGGUUUUUGCUUAAAGACUAGUUUCGACUCCAAUGCUCAUGUGGGCAGUGCACUAGUAACCAUGUACUCAAGAUGCAAGUCCAUGAGUUAUGCAUAUAAAGUGUUUAGUGGAAUUUCUCAACCUGAUUUAGUUACAUGGUCAGCUUUGCUAACUGGGUAUUCUCAAUCAGGAGAGCGUGAAAAAGCAUUACUUUUCUUCAAGAAAUUGGUUUUGGUAGGCAAGAAGCCAGAUCCUGUUUUGAGUGCUAGUGUGUUGGCUGCUGCUGCUCAGAUGGCAAAUGUUAAGGUUGGUAGUGAAAUUCAUGGCUAUGUUCUUCGGCAGGGACUUGAAUCAGAUGUCAUGGUUUGUUCUGCUCUCAUAGACAUGUACUCAAAAUCUGGUUUCUUGGGAUUGGGAAUCCGGGUUUUCGAUAUUAUGCCAGAGAAGAAUAUUGUUUCAUACAACUCAUUGAUAUUAGGCUUUGGUCUCCAUGGACUUGCUUCCCAUGCUUUUCAAAUGUUUGAAGAGAUACUAGAAAAUAGACUAGUUCCUGAUGAAUCCACUUUCUCUGCUCUUCUUUGCGCGUGCGGCCAUGCCGGCCUUGUCGAAGAUGGAAAAUUUUUGUUCAGAAGAAUGAAAGAGGAGUUUGGAAUCCAAGCCAGAACUGAACAUUAUGUUCACUUGGUGAAACUUCUUGGCAUGAAUGGAAAGUUGGAAGAGGCUUAUUAUCUAAUCCAGUCUUUGCCAGAACCUAUUGAACAUGGCAUUUGGGGAGCCCUUUUAUCAUGUUGUGAUGCUUGUGGAAACUUUGAGUUAGCAGAAGUUGCAGCAGAAAGACUAAUAGAAAGUAAUACCAAAAGGGCUUCCUAUAAAGUCAUGCUUUCUAACAUGUAUGCUGGUGAUGGGAGAUGGGAUGAUGCAAGGAAGGUGAGGGAGAGUAUGAGAGAAGGCAAAGUGCGGAAGAUGCCUGGGGUUAGCUGGAUUUAAGACAAUAAUUCCCUUUAAUCACUUCAAACGUUUCAUACAUUUUUGAUUGAAUCGUCAAUCAUCUUCAUGUCAGGUUUCACA